AUGUCGAUGUACAAGUUGCCCAAUGUCAACUCGCCCUAUGCGAGGCCAUACAUGACCAACCACCUGUGCUACCAGGAUCGGAUUCGCAAGGAGUUUCACGGCUCCGUUCCUACAGAGAUGCAGCAAAUGAUGGAUGCGCCGCUGUCUGAGGCCUCGCGCAGGAAGUUUGGGCUUCCUGCCUCAGGUUCUGCCCCCAGCCUCAUGCAGGAGAGAUUUCCCAAGGGCUCCUUCAACAGAAUGAACAACGACUCGACCGGGUUCUCCAGGUCUCUGCUCGGAAGCUGGGAGGGAUCAGGCGGCCUCAACUCACUCCAUCGUCAGACCUUCGGCCCAGUCGUCAGGCCGGAGGAGACCAGCUCCAAUGUGCGGCACAUGAUCCACUCCCUGAAGAUGGACAGUUGGGAUGUCCAGAAGGUGGACUGGGUCAGUACACAUGUCCUCUACAAGUUUCACCGGUUCGACGUGUGUGUAGUUGACGGACCAGCUGUGAAGUUGUACCACCAGCUGGGUGUCAAGCACGAACCGCUGACGCUGAUUCCUCCGCAGUUCGAGACUCCGAUGCCUGCACUACAGCCGGCAGUGUUCCCUCCCUGCCUGCGGGAACCGCCGCCACCCAGCCUCGACUUGUUCGACCUGGACGAGCAGUUCGCCUCGGAGCGGGUGCGCUUAGCGCAGCUCACCAACAAGUGCACGGACGACGACCUCGACUUCUACAUUCGACAGGCGGGGGAGAUCCUCGGCGUCUCGCAGAAGUUGGGCGACAAGCGCUCGUCCAAAGAUCCGGCCAAGAAGAUCGUCGAGUACAUCUUCAAGGAGUUAGUCGGCUUCAAGAAAAUGAAUCAAGACAUGGUGCCGUCGGACCCGGUCAGUUGGAUCUACUGGGUGAAUCUGGGUGAAGUCGAGAAGAGGCUGCUCAGGCGUUUUAUCUCAGAGGACUUGGCCGAAAAGCUUCGCGCGGAAAACCCGCAAGAUUGCGAAGAGGUCGACACCACCGAAGUGGACGAAGAAAUGACGCCCACUGAGGAGUCGGCAGACCGCAAGUACGAAGCCAACAAAUCACCGACUGUGAG